AUGUCCAAUAAUCUGCGGCGGCCCAAUGGCGCCAGCGCCCCUUCAGAUGACCCGUUCACUGACAGAAACAACCUCAUAGACUUGGACCUCGAAUCCUUGGAUCAUCAUCCUGGCCAGCACUACCCAUCCUACAGCGAGGCCAUGCCUUCGAUUGAGGAUCCCGAUCUCGCUUAUAACGGUGCCAGAGGCGGUUCUGGGUAUCAAGAGAAUCCGUUUGACGACAAUUUCGUGCUUUCUGACGAAGAGGACUCAUAUUAUCAUCACGAUAACUCCAGUGCUAGAGCUACCAGCUCGGGUACGCGGCAGGUUCCAUUACUAGGCACCGAUAACGCUCCACCAACGCCGAAAAAGGGCUUCUUUCUGUCAUUCAAGGCUAGUAUGGAAAACCCACACCUGGCUCUGUACCAGGGCAUGUCUGACGAUAUGUACGGUGAGAGAAUCAACGAUGCCAGUGCUGGAAGCACACUGUCCGACUUUGACAUACGGAGACUAUACAGUAAGCUCAAACUGAAGAUUGGCGGUAAACCGCCUGAUGUGCCUACUUCGAAAGGACCCCGCCAGAUCUAUAUUCUUAGUGCUUCAAUGAACUCAGCGUUCAAGUACUAUGGUAACCAUAUUUCCACGACAAAAUACAACUUCGCUACGUUUAUACCGAAGUUCUUGUUCGAACAGUUUUCCAAAUACGCCAACUUGUUUUUCUUGUUUACUUCCAUUAUCCAACAAGUGCCUAAUGUUACCCCUACGAAUAGAUACACCACUAUCGGUACGCUUUCUGUGGUGUUACUUGUUUCUGCCAUCAAAGAGAUCAUGGAAGAUUUAAAGCGUGCCGGUGCAGACAAAGAACUAAAUAACACGCGUGUUUUGGUGCUAAAUCCUGACACUGGCCUGUUCGAGGAGAAGAAGUGGGUCAAGGUGAAGGUUGGUGACGUUGUAAGAGUCAAUAAUGAACAGCCUUUCCCUGCUGACUUGCUUCUUCUAAGUUCUUCUGAGCCCGAAGGAUUGUGUUACAUUGAAACUGCCAACUUGGAUGGUGAGACUAACUUGAAAAUCAAACAAGCAAAAUCUGAAACAUCCUACUUGGUGAAUCCAAACUCCUUGGUCACUGACUUAUCCAGAUCUGAAAUCUUGUCUGAGCAGCCAAAUUCGUCUUUAUACACUUAUGAAGGUACGCUUCAAGGUUUCGGCAACAAUGGCAAGAUCCCUUUCUCCCCUGAUCAGCUUUUACUUCGUGGAGCCACGUUACGUAACACCCAAUGGGUCCACGGAGUGGUUGUCUUCACUGGUCACGAAACUAAGCUCAUGCGUAAUGCUACCGCUACACCUAUCAAGAGAACCGAUGUGGAGAGAAUUAUCAACUUACAAAUUAUUGCAUUGUUCUGUGUUCUUAUAAUAUUGGCCUUGGUUUCGUCCAUUGGUAAUGUCGCUAAAAUUCAAGUCAGCAGAAGUGAUCUCAGUUACUUGUAUUUGGAAGGUACGAAUAUGGCAGGUCUUUUCUUCAAAGAUAUUUUGACAUACUGGAUUUUGUUCUCCAACUUGGUUCCUAUCUCGCUUUUCGUCACUGUUGAAAUUAUCAAGUACUACCAAGCUUACAUGAUUGGUAGUGAUUUGGAUAUGUACUACGCAGACACGGAUACUCCAACGGGUGUUAGAACCUCGUCUUUGGUCGAAGAAUUGGGUCAGAUUGAGUAUAUCUUUUCUGAUAAAACAGGUACCCUCACGAGAAACGUUAUGGAAUUCAAGUCUUGCAGUAUUGGUGGCAGAUGCUACACUGAAGAGAUCCCAGAAGACGGCCAAGCUCAAGUGAUUGAUGGAAUUGAAGUCGGAUAUCACACAUUCGCUGACAUGGAAGCUCACUUGAAAGACAGUGCCCAGCAGCAAUCUGCUAUAAUUAACGAAUUCUUUGUCUUGCUUUCUACGUGUCACACAGUUAUUCCAGAGCAUAAAGAAGACGGUGGUAUCAAGUAUCAGGCUGCUUCACCAGACGAAGGUGCUUUGGUGCAAGGUGCCGCUGACUUGGGUUACAAAUUCACUAUUCGUCGUCCAAAGAGUGUCACCAUCCACACUGCCAUGACAGACUCUGAAUCCGAAUAUGAGCUCUUGAAUAUCUGUGAGUUCAACUCUACUAGAAAGAGAAUGUCUGCUAUCUUCAGAUGUCCCGACGGCGUCAUUCGUCUUUUCUGUAAGGGUGCCGAUACGGUUAUUUUAGAACGUUUGGACAGGGAUGAAGUGCAACCAUUUGAAGCUGCUACUAUCCGCCAUUUGGAGGACUUCGCUUCUGAAGGUUUGCGUACUUUAUGUAUUGCAUCAAGAAUCGUCUCUGACGAGGAAUACGAGGACUGGGCCAAAAAACACUACGAGGCAUCCACUUUGUUGGAAAACCGAAGCGAAAAGCUUGACGAAACAGCCGAAUUGAUUGAAAAGGAUAUGUUCCUUCUCGGUGCUACUGCCAUCGAAGAUAAACUUCAAGAUGGUGUCCCAGAAACUAUUCAUACUUUACAAAACGCAGGUAUCAAGGUUUGGGUUCUUACAGGUGACAGACAGGAAACUGCCAUCAAUAUUGGUAUGUCUUGUAAGUUGCUCAGUGAGGAUAUGAACCUUUUGAUUAUCAACGAAGACAACAAGGCUGACACCAAAUUGAACUUGCAAGAGAAAUUAGAUGCUAUCAUGGAGCACCAGCCUGAGUUGGAGGCCGGUGCAUUUGACUCUUCCUUGGCUCUUAUUAUUGAUGGACACUCGCUUGGAUUUGCACUCGAGCCUGAAUUGGAGGAUAUCUUUUUGUCGUUGGCUACUCGUUGUAAAGCUGUUAUCUGUUGCCGUGUUUCGCCAUUGCAAAAGGCUUUGGUGGUCAAAAUGGUCAAGAGAAAGAAGAAGAGAUCUUUGUUGCUCGCUAUUGGUGAUGGUGCUAACGAUGUUUCUAUGAUUCAAGCAGCGCACGUUGGUGUCGGUAUCAAUGGUCUCGAAGGUAUGCAAGCCGCUAGAAGUGCUGAUGUCUCCAUUGGUCAAUUCAAGUACUUGAAGAAGCUUCUUUUGGUGCAUGGGGCUUGGUCUUACCAGAGAAUCUCUCAUGCUAUCUUGUACUCUUUCUACAAGAAUAUUGCAUUGUACAUGACGCAGUUUUGGUUCGUGUUUGCGAACGGAUUCUCUGGUCAGUCGCUUAUCGAGUCUUGGACAUUGACACUUUAUAAUGUUUUGUUUACCGUGUUCCCUCCAUUUGUGAUGGGUGUUUUUGACCAAUUUGUUAGUGCACGUUUGCUUGACAGGUACCCACAAUUGUACCAGCUUGGUCAACAAAGAAAGUUUUUCAACGUUACAAUCUUCUGGGGCUGGAUCAUCAAUGGCUUCUACCAUUCUGCUGUUACUUUCGUCUGCUUGAUGUGUCUUAAUAAGUUCUCCACCUACCUCCCAGGUGGUGAUGUUCCAAACAAUUGGGCUUGGGGUACCUUGAUUUACACGACAUGUACAUUGGUUGCCUUAGGAAAGGCUGCUCUUGUGGUGACCCUUUGGACCAAGUUUACGCUUCUUGCCAUUCCAGGAUCUUUCAUCUUCUGGUUACUUUGGUUCCCUGCUUAUGCUACCAUCGCCCCUAGAAUCAAUGUUUCCAGAGAAUAUUUUGGUGUUUUGGGCUACACUUACCCUAGCUUGAGUUUCUGGGCGUCCAUCUUCGGUGUUGCUUGUCUCUGUUUGCUCCGUGAUUUUGCCUGGAAGUUCUUCAAGAGAAGUUACAGUCCGGAGAGCUACCAUUACGUCCAAGAGAUCCAGAAGUACAACAUUCAAGACUACAGACCAAGAAUGGAGCAAUUCGAAAAAGCUAUCAGAAAGGUGAGACAAGUGCAGAGAAUGAAGAAACAGAGAGGUUUCGCCUUCUCCCAGCAAGACAACCAGAACUUAGAAAAGGUGGUGAGAUUGUACGACACCACCAAACUGAGAGGUGCCUUUGGAGAACUCAGCGAAAGCUAA